UGUCUGUUUUUAAAAAAUGUUUUACAAAUAGCGAACAAAUAAAGCCAGCUGCAUGGAAGCACUAUGGUAAUACGGCAUUAUUUUGCUGGCUGGGAACGUGAAUGCUUUGCAAAAGUCUUUGUAACUCGAGAAAGUUGGCCUUCUGUAUGCUAGCCUGGACAUCAGAAACCUAAGGGAGCACUGCCCUCGCUAUUAGUGCCAUCAAGGAUUAUCCUGCAAUGGAGAUGAAGGUUGCUCUGAUGUGCUCUUUUUUUUAUACAGCUGUUGCUCUGUUUCAUUGGAUCCAUGCCUAGCUGGCUAUGGAAUUUCCAUCAGAGGAUGUUAUUUUAAUGACAGCAUCUCCAGUUAUAAAAGCUGUAACAAAUUUCAGACAGGUCUCUAGAACACUUGAAGAGUUUGAUGUAGAAGAACAGCCAAGUUCUCUACUAGAAAAACGAUAUCCCAAUAUUAAAGUUAUACAGUCUGAAGUAAAGCAGUUGAAAAGUGAGGAGCAUAAAAUUUUCACUGAAGAUGGGAAGGAGUAUAUGUAUGAAAAACUUUGCCUGUGUGCUGGAGCAAAACCCAAAUUAAUUUUUGAAGGAAACCCAUACGUAUUAGGAAUCCGGGAUACUGACAGUGCAGAGGCUUUUCAGAAGAAUUUGGCUCAAGCUGAGAGAAUAGUAGUGGUAGGAAAUGGUGGCAUUGCUCUUGAAUUAGUGUAUGAAAUUGAAGGCUGCGAAGUAAUUUGGGCUAUCAAAGACAAAGCCAUUGGGAAUACCUUUUUUGAUGCAGGAGCAGCUGAAUUCCUCAUUCCAAAGCUAACUGCUGAAAAACGAGAGACUGCAAUAGCAUGUAAAAGAACCAAGUAUGCAAUGGAAGGAAGAGAGAAAAAAGAAGGACCCAGAGCAGAAUCUGACAACCUGGGCAGUGCCUUAGGCCCUGACUGGCAUGAGGGCUUACAUCUUAAAGGCACUAAACAGUUUUCUCAUAAAGUACAUAUUGAAAUACUAUGUGAAGUAAAGAAAAUACUCCUACAGCAAGAAUUUACACAACUGCAACGGACUUCUCUGACUUUUCCUAAGGAAGAGAAAAAUGUAGAACCAGAUGAGGUUCUAUGGCCUAUAUAUGUGGAAUUAACCAAUGGAAAAAUUUAUGGAUGUAAUUUCAUUGUCAGUGCAACUGGAGUUGUGCCAAAUGUUAAACCAUUUCUUGAUGGUAAUAACUUUGCUCUAGGUGAAGAUGGAGGACUGAAGGUGGAUAAAUACAUGCACACAUCCAUACCAGAUAUAUAUGCAGCUGGGGAUAUCUGUACAGCAUCAUGGGAACCUAGUCCAGUGUGGCAUCAGAUGAGGCUCUGGACCCAAGCUAGACAGAUGGGAUGGUAUGCAGCAAAAUGCAUGGCAGCAGAUACUUUAGGGGAAUCUAUUGAUCUGGAUUUCAGCUUUGAACUGUUUGCUCAUGUGACAAAAUUCUUCAAUUACAAGGUGGUGGUUUUGGGAAAAUACAAUGCUCAAGGCCUGGGUUUAGACCAUGAACUAAUGCUGAGAUGUACCAAGGGACAAGAGUAUGUUAAAGUGGUCAUGCAGAAUGGAAGAAUGAUGGGAGCUGUACUGAUUGGUGAAACAGACUUGGAAGAAACCUUUGAAAACUUAAUUUUAAAUCAGAUGGAUCUUUCAGCCUACGGGGAAGAUCUUCUGAAUCCAAAUAUUGAUAUAGAAGAUUAUUUUGAUUGAACAGAAUCCCUUUUCCAUUUUGUAUAGAGUUUUAACACUGAGUGAUAUGGUUUAUGAAACAGUUCACUCAGGAUUAGCAGAAAUGGGGGAUAAAUGCAAUUCCUUAUUAAGAUUUUGUGUUGAUAUUGUCAAAUACUGAAAGGCACAUUAGAGAAAUGAAGUUCAGCAACAAAAGCAAGUGGAUUAGUGUGGGCAAAGAGUUUAAGUCUCGACUAGAUGAGAACUUCAUAACAGGUAUUAAAACACUCUUGAAAACUAGACUUUGUUGUGCUGUUAAGACAGCACUGCAUUCACCUUCGCUGUUUAAAGAACACAAUUAAACCCCUUACAUAAUAUAUGUUAUAUCCAGUGCCUACCUCAUAGCUCACUUCUUCCCAAAACCAUGCAUAAUUCACCUGGCAUGAUUCCCAGAGCCCAGUUUCCUUAUGAUUUACUGCCUAUGCAUGUUGCUCAGGCAUUUCAGACAGUAAGCAGCCCUUGUGAGCAGGAUGCUUUGAGUAGAUUGUACUGCCUGAAGCUACUUAGGGCAGGGUAUUAGCUUGGGCAGGGAAGCCCCUGCUUCCUAAAACCACUUGUUCAGGUGAAGGUGUACAAGGCAGUUAUGCAGUGUGUGCCAUCCCACUAGCACCACUCCAAUGUUCAAAUGUUUGGGUACCCGCCACAGACUUCACAGUUUCUAUUCCAGAUAAUGGCACCAUCUCUAUCUACUAUACAAGGCAGCUCAGGUCACCAGAGGGCAUCUUAAGGGUGUAGGCCACGCAGAGCCCUCACUACCUGCAGUGUGGUCUGCAAGUAUAUGGCAAGCUGGACCUUUUUUUUGACUUUUGAACUUCAUUUUUGAAAGAAAAGUGUUUUCUGCUUGACAAAAUACAGAACGUACAGAAACUUUGAACUGUGGAAGCCAGGAAGAAAUGUCUUUGAAAUGCUAUUUGGGAGCAGCCUUUUACUUCUUGUCGCUUCAACUCUUCUGGUAAACCUGCACUGGUAUGUCAUAUGUGAUCUUUGGUGGGGUCAGCAUGCAGCUCCACUCCAAGGAAAAGUUAACACAACAGCACCAGCAGUUGUCACCUGUAGCAGUCUUUCACUGUCAAGAUCCCAUGGAGUAGACUGCUAUAUAUCUCAUUUGAUAGAUGGUACGGGAUGCUAUUUUGACUGCUGGAAAGCAUAGCUACAAAAGUAUGUCCCCAGGCACAAAGUUUGCAUGCAAGUUUUGCAAUCUCAAGACAACUUGCUUUUGUUUUAAUUCGUUGUAUAGGUUUCCUACUAGACAACUAUUAUGGUCACAAAGAAAACACUUUCUGUCCUCUGUUGUUAUUUACACUGCCAUGCAUAUUGGUUCCAGGAAUUUUUGCAGGUACUAAAUUCAAAUUUGACUUCAGGUAACCAGUGACAGAAUAUACUAAUAAGUUGCAAAUUGGGGUUAAGGUUGGUUGUUUUAAAUCAUAACAAGCUCCCUGGAAGUAUGUUUAGAGUUAUUUAAGAUGCAUUUUAAUAAUGGUAAUGCUAUGUACAUGUGUGUGUACAAGCUUGCUUAAAUCAGAUUCCUUCUUUUUCAGUUGUUAGCAAUAACUUAGUGCCUAGUUUCCUGUGGGAGGAAGCCUAACACUUUAAGCUGUUCCUAAAUGUCUUCUCCAUAUGCUGUAGUGCCAUCCAUGGACAUUAAGUUGUUUCAUAUUUGAUAUUACUGUUUUUAAAUCUACAGUUGCUACUGGGGAAUUAUUUUUUACUUGGGAUCAAACUGAGAAUAGUUUAUACUAUCCUAAAUACAAAGUUGGGAGUACAUUGUGGGACUUCCCCCAGAAAAUCACUCUAGUCUAAUUUUUUUUAAGAGAAUGACUGUUUCAUCAAAGUGGAAUUUAUUCAUUUAAUUAAAGGUUUCAGUUAAAUGAUAGGUAAAAUUCUAAGCUUUAGUCCUUCACAAGAUCCUACCAGAAAAAUAAAGAUAAAUGUGUUUUUAAUCUUUUGGUUUGUUUAUAUUUAAGUAAGUAUAUAUCUAAAUGCCUGAGUGGGGGGAAAAGAAAUCCAAAAUUAAACUUAACAGAACUUAAUUUAUUAGCUGUUUAAACAAACUCAUUAUCUAUCAUUAGCUGUUAAGAUCUUCAAAAAAUGGGAAUACAGCUUUUAGACUCCUGUGUGCCUAAGCAGCUCUUGAAGUCAGUAGCGCUAUGGCAUCAUAGUUUCUGAAAAUAUUGAUGUAACUGAAAGAGUUAUGUAUUUCUACUACACAUACACUUUAAUAUAGUCCUGGACUCUACAGCCAGCUCUGAAAGGGGAGGCAAGAAAACUCUAUAGCUGAAGACUUCAGUUCAUAGAGAUUGCAGAGGAAAGUGAUUGUGACUAUGAUGAAAUGCAAAUUCUAGGAGGAUGGUGCAGCCAGCUGAAGUGCAGUGUUCUAUGUUAUUGGUGAGGUUAGGCUUCAGAAGACAAAAGCUUCAUGGCAUGCAUGUACCUAAUGCAGAUGGUUGGACUGAGAAAGUAAAACAAUGCUGACACACUCUAAGCAAUACAAUUCAGAUACUAAUCAUAGCAUAAGCUUUUUUUCUAUCUCCAGAACUGCUUAUGGUUCUAAGCCCUUUAUUGCAAAAGAACUGAAGCUCUUAAUAGGCCCUUUCACCUGACUACUGAGAAGCACCAGCUCUUUUGGACUCUUCAAGCACUACUUUAUAUUCUCUGCAUUUGAGAAUGUUUCUGUGAAUGCUGAGCAGCAUGUUUUUUUUGGAAAAGUGUCAGUUUCCUUAACUUUGCU